AUGAUUCCCAUGACUUAUGGCAUGGCGCUGUACAAUGUGAAAUGUGAUGGAAAGAUGUGCGUCUUCUGCAAAGUAUGGUCGUAUGAGGGGUUCCGGGCGCAGUGGCAGGAUAGCAAUUUACGUUACGAGUUUCCGGGAGGCCCUCAAAAUCAUCUGAGCGACAAGGACAAGUACGAUCAAUACAUGGUUGCUUCACAGAACAAAGGCAAAAGAAUGCUAUCGGUGCUGUGGAAGCAUACAUAUAAGAACCUUAUGAAAGAGUCUUCGGAGGAGGAGGCGGAAGAGAGAUCUUUUGUCAAAACAGCUGAGGCCAAGUUACAAGAAGAAAUAGACAAGGUUGCCUCUCAGGUCGUUGAGCGACACAUAACUCUAUCUCAAGUUAUGAAAACAAAAGUUGUAAUAGAGUAG